AUGAGGGUAACUGGGGAACAACAUUGCAGAGAAAGAUCUGGAGCGGAAUUAACAGACCAAGCCUACAAACAUACAACUUGCAGCUUGUGUUAUCAAUUCCUUAUAAAAGAAAAUAUAGCAUUCCGCACGUUUUAUUACAGCAGAAGUACAGGUGAAAUAUGCUUGUCUAGUUCUAAUCAAAGUGAAGUUUUCUGUCCUUCAUACGAAAACAACACGAUUAUGAAUUAUGUCUGUGAAACUUUAUCAACCGUUGAAAAAUGUAACCAGUGGAAAAUGUGUUGCGAAAGUGCUUGGGAGUGUUGUCUCUCUCAGAAACUAUACAACACUACGACACUAGAGGGCGCUUUCUGUCCGAUGACGUGGGAUGGCUGGGAGUGCUGGGGGAGAACUCAGGCUGGAAAAGUUGUCAGUCAUAAAUGUCCAUCGUUUAUAUCAUAUACACCAAAGGAGGCUGAAGCUCGGAAAUUCUGCACAGAGAAUGGAACUUGGUGGAGGGACAGCUCGAGACAUGAACACACAGACUACGAUCAGUGUCUCAGCGUCACAAAACUACAGGAGAAAAUCAAUUUUUUCAAAGAGGUAACUCUGGUUAGAAUCGCCGUCAACAGUGUUGGACUGCUUUUUCUACUGUCCUCUAUCGGCCUCUUUCUUCUCUAUAGACAGCUUCGAAUUCAACAAAGGAUUAAACUUCACGUUCAUCUAUUCCUGUCGCUGCUCGUUAGAGGAAUCAUCGAACUCUGUUGGGAUGUUGUAAUUAGAUAUAAAAGAGUGGAGGAUAAUUCUCACCACACGGACCAGAUUGGAUGUAAGAUAUUGUUUGUCCUAAAUCGGUUUGGAUGGUCGGCGCCUUUUUUCUGGAUGCUAUGUGAGGGGUUCUUUCUACACAGACUGCUUAUUAAGACAUUCGAAAGACAGAAAACAUUGAUAUUUUAUUAUUUGUUUGGAUGGGGUACGCCACUUGUACUCACAAUUACUUAUCUCAUCGCCAAAAUAUCAUCAGAUUCAUCGUCAGAAACAGCAUCAGAAAAUAAUUGCUGGCUGGAUUCCUCAUCAUCAGGGAAGGAACUAUAUUGGAUCAUUUUUGCACCCACCAUUUUAUGUCUACUGCUUAAUUUAUUAUUUUUUAUCAACAUUCUUCGAAUCCUUGUAAGACAAGUCCGAACAUUACCUUCUGAACCUAGCAAUUUUAGAAAGGCCAUUAAAGCCACUUUCAUUUUGAUCCCUUUAUUUGGAUUACAUCAGUUCUUUCUCAUCUAUCAGCCCACAGCAGAGGAAUCUGCUUAUAAUUUCUUCCAAAUGGCAGGAGGAAUCAUCAAUAAUGCUCAGGGAAUCAUAGUUGCAUUGAUCUUCUGCUUUGCGAAUGGAGAGGUUAUAUCCCAUAUAAAAUCAUCUUACGACACCAUGCGGCUCCAACAGAGUCUAGACCGUAGGAAAAGUCUGACGACGUCACAAACAAAUACGCGCCGUCUGUCGGCAUCGUCUGUCAACAUUAACCAGAACGGUCUUCCUCACGUGUCUUCGUUCCAUGAUAUAAGUGACACAUUGAAUCUCGCUGACAAUAAUAAUAUUCCAAUGGAAGAUUUUCAGACCAAUGGUAUUAUAAAUCCAAGCUGUGAUUCUAAAGAAAAUGAUGAGGUGCAAUAACAAAUGCCACCGAAACUUAUGCGAUGAAU